UCCUCCCCUCUUUAUAUACUCGCUCGAUAUGUUCAUACACAAGACAAUAAUAUGCUCUUGUUGUCCUCUUCCUAAUUUAAUUACCAUUUCUUUCUUCUUCUUCUUCUUCUUCUUCUUUUGUGUUUUAUCAUUGAAAUAAAAGAAACAUGGAUCCUUAUGACUUUCCUGUCACUAGAUCUCCAAGAAAAGAACUCCAAGGUCCAAGACCACCGGCUCUAAAAGUUCGUAAGGAUUCACACAAGAUCAAGAAACCCCCUGUCGCACCACAACCAUCACAGCAACAUCAAAACCAGCAGCAGCAAUACCAACAAUCCCAGCCGCGGCCGCCGGUCAUUAUCUACACAGUUUCACCUAAAGUUAUCCAUACGAACCCUAGUGACUUCAUGAAUUUAGUCCAGCGCCUUACAGGCUCGACGUCGUCGUCGUCAUCAUCUUCUUCUUCUUCUGCUGCAUGUUCAACCUCAAACCCUACUUCUUAUUCAUCAUCCAAUCCUUUCAAUGAUUAUAGUGGUGCAAUAUCACCAGCGGCAAGAUUCGCUACAAUAGAGAAAGCUAAGUCACCAAAUGAGAAUAUGAAGCAGCAAGUGCAGCCAAGUGGGGAUGUUGGUUUCUUCGAAGGAAUUGAAAUGAGUCAAGUAAUGGAAAGAUCAGGUAAUUUGUUUCACGGAAUUCUAUCCCCAGCUCCAUCUUCACUUCCUCCAAUAUCACCUAACUUUUUUUCUCCACCAUCUGAUCCAAAUAUGAUGAGCUUUCUUCAUGAUUUGAGCCCUGCUCUUCACGGUAAUAGGAGUUUCUUAGAGGGUACUUUCAUGCCUAGUCCUUCUACAACAUUUCUUUCUCCUCGGUUGACGGCUUCUCCAACUCCAUCUCUGGACCUUUUCAACAAUUUCAAUAACAUCUUUGAUUAUUGAUUUUAUUCAAUCUUCUUUUUCUAUAGGAACCAUAAAGAUAUACAAUUAGGACUCCCUUUUUUUUUUUUCCUUUUUUCUUUUUGAGUGUAUGAUCAUCUUCAUUCAUCGUGGAAAAGAGGGGAGAUAGAAGGGCUAUAGUGGAAAUCUGAUUUUUGGUAGGUCAGCAAGUUGGAGACUUGUCAAUGGCAUCAUGUUUCUUAUUUUUAAUUUGGUGGGUCAUAUGAUACAACAGUUUUGCUGUAUAUUAUCUAAUGGUCCUUUUUUUUUUCCUGAUACCAUUCUUUUGUCAUGUCACUUAUGGCAUGUAAUUGAAAAACAAUAACAUUUUGGUUCUUAAGUUUUUUGUUGA